AGUCAUUCCACGCAUAGCCUGCAUGUCAGUGCAGCGGGCUUGCAGCGGGCUGUGAGCACCACCGGGCUGCCUUUGUCCGCGCAACUUCCCCCUCCUCCUGCUUGCUUGCUGCUUCCCCUCCCCUCCCCUCCUCGUCCCUCCGCGUUUUGCUUUUUGGUUUUUAAUUGGAAAAAAACAAACCCCAAAAAAACAACUUGAAAAGUUUUCAGACGGUCUUCUUUGUGCUGAAGGACACCGAAUACUUUAGUUUUCAGGAGUUUGGAAAGGGAAAGGUGUGUGGUUUAAUCCCUCCAACUUUCCUUUCGUAUACUUUGUUUUGAUUAGCCGAAGGCUGGGCCUUGUGCUGGUGAAGCUCAGGAACCCGGGAGCGCAGCCGGCACCGAUCGCCGGCCCCCUCCUGCCUGACCCCGGGCGAAAGCAAACAAGCUGGUCUGUUUUGCUAGCCCGAUAAAUGCUAUUUAUGAAGAUGGACCUGUUGAACUACCAAUACUUGGACAAGAUGAACAACAAUAUCGGCAUUCUGUGCUACGAAGGUGAAGCAGCUCUAAGAGGUGAGCCCAGAAUGCAGUCUCUUCCAGUAUCCUCUGCUCUCACCAGCCAUCGAACAGGCCCUCCUCCCAUCAGUCCCAACAAGAGAAAGCUCAGCAUGGACCAAGGGGAUGAUGAGCUAGACUGUGAAAAUGACCAUGUUUCUAAAAUGAGUCGAAUGUUCAAUCCACAUCUAAACAAGACUGCCAACGGGGAUUAUCGGAAGGAGCACAGAGAGAGGAGUCGCAGCCCCAUCGAGAGAGCCGCUGCCCCAACAAUGAGCCUUCAUGCCAACCACCUGUAUGCCUCAAUCCCAAGCUUGACCAUGGAUCAACCUCUAGCACUGACCAAAAACAGCAUGGAUGCAACCCGGACAGUUGGCAUCACACCCACACUGACUUCUGUGGAACGGCAGCAGAACCGUCCGUCGGUGAUCACCUGCGCCUCGGCCAGCAACCGCAACUGCAACCUGUCGCACUGCCCCGGGGCUCACAGCGGCUGCGCGGCCGGCGCUGCCUACCGGAGACCCGCCAGCACCAGCGCCGCCUGCGACCCCGUGGUGGAGGAGCACUUCCGCCGCAGCCUGGGCAAGAACUACAAGGAGCCCGAGCCCGUGGCAAACUCUGUGUCCAUCACGGGCUCGGUUGACGACCACUUUGCCAAAGCACUGGGGGAUACGUGGCUGCAGAUCAAAGCGGCCAAGGACGGCGUGGCCAGCAGCCCCGAGCCGGCGUCGCGCCGCGGACAGCCCUCGCCUUCCUCUCACAUGGUCAAUCACAAUCACUCACCCUCCGUGGUCUCAUGAAGAGAGAAAGAGAGAGAGAGAGAGAGGACCGCUGCCUCUGUGAAUUUGCAUGGUUUGACUGAGCUUUGAACAGUGCUUAAAAACAAUAGUGUUGGGGGAGGGGAGAGUAGUUUUUCAACACAUGUUUUCGUGUACUCACUUUUUACUUGUUAAAGGGUGCCCUUACGAUAGCAGGAACUAUUUCAUAAACAUUCAUACCAUGUAGCAUCCUUUUGUUGGUUUAUUUCCUGCCUCAAUUACCAAAGAAACCUCUGAUGCAAAUCUGCUGCCCCUUACAAAACAAUAAUGCACGCUAAUCCACAAAAGCCAUGACACGUAGUUGGUUGAUCCAAACGCUUCGUUUUGCUUUGAUAUAGUUUCUCGAGACUAGAAUUCAUCUGGUUUGCUUACCUUGCCUUUGUUUUGCUUCGUUGGGGUUUGUUUUAUUUUCCCUCUGUGAAGUCAUUUUGUAUGUAUAUACUUGAAAAGAACUGUCAUGUAUGAUUUGCACUAUUGGAGGAGGACUGAAGUUGCACAGCAACUUUCUGGAAGACGCUAAUAUUUUUGAGGGCAAACUGCUGAAAAAAGGGUUUAAGGAUGACAUUUCUAUCACUUUGACUUGUAUUUUUCCUUAACGCAAAACAGCUUUGGAAGGGGAAGUCUCAUACAGGUUAUAGGUCUUUCUCUCUUUAGAUUUCAGGUGCUUAGUGCUUGCAACUGGACUGCAUAACUGACAGACCACGGGCAUUUUUUCCUAAACACUGCAGUUUGUUAGAAUAGAGCUGAGGUUGGAGGGUUCAAUAGUGCUUAAACGAUGCAUGUGUUAUGAAAAAUAGCUGGUAUCUAUUAAUGUAUAGACAGUAAGGAUCAUAAUACCUAUUAGCUUUCCUUCAGAAUUAGUUUAUUUUUGUCAGUAACAACCCUAGAUAUACUUACUGCUGGUACAGUUGUACUCUAUGAUAUUUGUAUUUGAUAUUCACUUUAGUAGCAGCCAGCAGCAGCAGCAGCAGAGGACAGCCUGGGGCCAGGCUGCCCACGGGGCACAGGAGGCUGCAGCUUGGCUUGGGCUGCAGCUCGUGCUGCUGAGCCCCUGGGCAGCUCCAGCUCGCGCUGCUGAGCCCCUGGGCAGCUCCAGCUCGCGCUGCUGAGCCCCUGGGCAGCUCCAGCUCGGGCUGGUGAGCCCCUGGGCAGCUCCAGCUCUCGCUCAUGCUGAGCCCCUGGGCAGCUCCAGCUCGGGCUGCUGAGCCCCUGGGCAGCUCCAGCUCAUGCUGCUGAGCCCCUGGGCAGCUCCAGCUCGGGCUGCUGAGCCCCUGGGCAGCUCCAGCUCGGGCUGCUGAGCUCCUGGGUAGCUCCAGCUCGGGCUGCUGAGCCCCUGGGUAGCUCCAGCUCGGGCUGCUGAGCUCCUGGGUAGCUCCAGCUUGGGCUGCUGAGCCCCUGGGCAGCUCCAGCUCCUGCUGCUGAGCCCCUGGGCAGCUCCAGCUCGGGCUGCUGAGGCCCUGGGCAGCUCCAGUUCCUGAGCUCCUGGGCAGCUCCAGCUCCUGAGCUCCUGGGCAGUUCCAGCUCGCGCUGCUGAGCCCCUGGGCAGCUCCAGCUCCUGAGCUCCUGGGCAGUUCCAGCUCCUGCUGCUGAGCUCCUGGGCGGCUGCAGCACUGCUUCCCUUCCCCAGCUCAGCCAGACAACACGUUGUUACAGUUUGUGGAACAGGACCUGUGCGCUGGGGACGUUGUUCCCCCAGCCCCGCCCGGUGCCGCGUACAUUCCUCGUUAGCAGCUCACACAGGUAUCACUGCAGUCAGUAUCACUCGCUCCGGUAACAGCUACUAACUAGAGAUUAGGCAGCAGAGGCAGGCGGAACCCCACAGCUCCUCUUCCUCAUGUUCAGUGUCACUGCUCCCCCUAUACAUUCCAUCUUCCCAGGACAGUCACACCUAGGGCUUUGGUUUUUUGGAUACUGGGUGACCUGAAGCGCUGGGUUCAGUGUGGAAAGCCAGAAGCUGGAAGGUGAACUACACGUGAUGUAUUAUGGACUAUGUUACAGUAUUUGGUCCAUUGUGGCUUCCAUUUGAUGCUUGUUUGUUUUAAAAGUGAAGCUAUUUAAUUUGGAGAAGGUGCAGGGCAGGAAGAGCUCGGGAGAUUGGCUCCUGCUCUCAGUGAGAAAGUGGCUGCUCAGCUCUCUUUAAAAGAACCCAAACACCUAAGCCCCACCUUCCCCCCCCACCCCCAUCCUCCAGUUUUACACAUUUCACUACCAUCUUACUGGGUAGUCAACACUUCCUUGCUUUGGCAUUCAGUACCCUACUCUCUGUAGGACAGUUGUUAAAAGAACACUUUUUUAUAUAGGUAACUUUAAGACCAUCGUUACGCUGUGCGUAAAGAAUGUACAGAGAAAUUUGUAGGUAUUUUUUGAGGAACAAUUAAUUUGUUAAUGAUAUGUAGCUAUUUAAUUGUUGGGUUUUUUUUCCCCUUUUUCCUUUAUUGUAAUCAUUCUCUUUUUUUUUUUUUUUUGGUCAUUGUUGUUUUGUUUGGAGAAAAAAAGUUGAUCUUUUUUGUUUUUCUUUCCAUUGUAGGUUUGUCUGUAAUACAGUUAAAAAGUGCAGGAACACAGUUAUUCUAUGAGAACACUGCAUUAGCAUUAAUAGCCACUAGUUUGUUAUUGCUACGGGCUACUGAGCGAUGUAACAGUAAAAUACUAAUGCUGUAGACGGACUCUGUGAACAAAAAUGUGACUCCUAUAUUUCUUUGUAAACACAAAUAAUGUUUUUAAAGCUAAUAUUUUCAAUAGUAGCUGUUUUACAAGGCGACAUUUACUUAUCUGAGAUAGGUAAAUGGAUUUGAGGGCAAUAAAGACUUUGAACGUGCUGUGUCCGGUAAAAACGUAACGCAGAAGCCAAAAGGGGGGUUGGGGAGGGGAACGAAGGGAAGGUUGGGAAGGAAACAAAACCGACCUCAGUGAAGCGCGUUGGCAGAGCCGUGGCACCUACAGCGCGGUCGGAAGCGUUCUCUCUGUGUCUGUAACUCUGUACUAUACCGUUCUUCUGUGGCCUUGUUUCACCUGGGAAAAAACAAAACAAAACAAAGAAAAAAAAAACAACAAAGAAAAAAAAGGUUUGGCAGGCCAUCUCUUUUUUUUUUGUACUUCAAAAGUAGCCUUAAAGAACAAUAAAGUGCUCUUAAAUCCC